AUGCGAGGCAAUAAAAUACUGGACCUUGUCCUAACGAAUCUGAGAGAGUACUACAAGGGCCCCAUCCAACGUCCUCCCCACGGUCUAUCAGAUCACAUGUCCGUAGAGGUACAGCCAAAGGAUAGAUCCCAGCUUCUGGACUCACGAUCAACAGUCAAAACAAGGGACUUAAAACCUAGCAAUCGCCUUGCUAUACGCACCUAUCUCCAAGAUGUCGAUGCGUACACCCUCGUUGGCAACAUACAUGGCUGUGCAGAGAAAGUGUCAAUUUUUCAGUCAAUAAUCCAACAUGGUCUGGACAGUGUACUGCCCCUACAAUCCAAAGCGAUCCACUCUAGAGAUCCGCCCUGGAUUAAUCCAGGUUUGAAAGACCUAAUCAGACAGCAGCAAAGAGCACUUGCAGAAAAUAAUCCGCCGAUCUUUCGAUUUCUGCGGAACCGAGUGAACCAUGAGCGUAAGAUCUGCAGGUGGUGGUACUACGACUCCAAAGUUAGCCAGCUUAAGGAGUGCAAACCGUCUGCUUGGUGGAGUGGAGUUAAGAAACUGAGCGGCAUGUCAUCGGCCGUUAGGGACUCAGAAGAGCUAAUGAGAUCAUUACAACACAUAAGUGAGGAGUCUCUCAGUGCCUUAGACCUGGCCAACCUGAUCAAUGAUACUUUCCUCUCCCCAAUGCAAGACUUUACACCGUUAUCUGCUGAAUCUUUCCAGCUGUUGCAAGACCACUCCACUGAGCAACCAUUUGUCAUUUCUACGCAUGCUGUUUACCUUCAGCUUCUGUCGAUCAAUCUUAGGAAAGCGUCCGGCCCCAACGGUGUUCCAGCAUGGUUGCUAAAGGAAAAUGCAGAUCUCCUUUCUGAUACAAUAUCUGAUAUCAUUAACAGUUCUUUUGCUGAAAGACGUUUACCACCUUCUUGGAAAUCUUCUGAUACUGUGCCGAUCCCAAAGCAGAAACCAAUUAAAGAUGUAAAUAAACACCUGCUUCCCAUCUCGUUAACGUCCAUUCUCUCUAAGGUGGCAGAGGAGUUUGUUGUUGCGGAAUACUUGCGACCAUCAAUUGGAGACAACCAAUUUGGGGCUAUCCCAAAAUCUUCUACAACACAUGCAUUAACCAGUACGGUGCACUCCUGGGCCAAACACACAGACAGUACAAGAUCCACUGUCAGGGUCAUCUUAUUCGAUUACCGGAAGGCUUUUGACUUGAUAGACCAUGUGCUUCUCGCAGGGAAACUGUCCGCCUUGGACAUACCAGUUGGCGUAUCUUUUUGGAUCAUCGACUUCCUUACAGAUCGUACACAGAGAGUCAAGUUGGGAGAAGAUUGCCUGUCCGAAUGGAGGAAUGUACCGGCAGGGGUGCCUCAGGGAACCAAGCUCAGGCCGUGGCUGUUUAUUCUUAUGAUCACCAACAUCAACACCAGCAAUACGAAUCUGUGGAGAUAG